CCAACAAAAAAAAAAGAAAAGAAAAAAAAAUUGCUCCCCGACCUCCCGUGCCGCCCGCUAGGCCGCUACCGAGAUCUCGCCCCGCCGUCCCCGAGAUCCCGCCCCGCCGUCGAGAUCACGCGCCACCGAGGAGAGGAGAUUCGGCGGUCCGCCUAUCGCGUGAGGACGAGCGAGACUGCAUACUCCAGAAGAGACGAUGAUGCGGCGGUUUGUGAAUUUGGUGGUGGACACCGCCGGCGGCGGCGGCGACGCGACGGCGUACAAGCUGUACCGCGUCGCUGCAUCGGCCCUCUUUUCAUGUCCAGCACGUCGGCAAGCAGCCAAAGUACUAGAUCCAGAUGACGUGGAGGACGCCGCCGGCGGCCUGCCUCCUCCGGCCAUCACCUUCCACCCUUCCUCAUUGUCCGGCCCUGGAAACGUCGAUUUCUUGUACCUCUACGGCAGUGGCGGCGGCAGCGACGGCGACGACAGCCUUCUCGCCCUCGACGUCGACGGCCGUGGUCUGCUCUACAGCGCCGCCUCCGCCGCCGUCCGCUACAUGCCCGACCCGUGCAAGCCCAAGAUCGAGCCAAUCUCCUUCACCGCCGACGAUGGCCGCCUCUACGUCAUCGAGAGGGUGCCCUUGUCCGGUAACCCCGGCUGCUUCGAGGCUCUCACCUACGGCUUACUCCCCGACGACGACGACUCACUGUCCUCCAGGAUGGGCUGGUACUGGCGGUCUCUUCCGCCGCCUCCUUUCGCCAAGGCUGGCUACGACAUCACCGCCUCCGCGGUGGUGCAGUUGAACGAAUCGAAGGAGCUCUGGGUGACGGCGGCGCACGGAGCCGGGACCUUCUCGUUCGACACGAAUUCCAAGGUUGGGGAGUGGAGGGAGCUUGGCGAAAAGGGGAUGCCGUUCAUGGGGCGCGGCGAGUACGUGGAGGAGCACGGGCAAUGGUUUGGGCUCUCCUCCACGCCGAGGCUGGGGCUGUACCUCUGUUCCUGCGAUCUCUCCUAUCUCUGCUGUUCCUACGAUGCGCAGGUGAUGGUCAGGUGCUGGUUGGAUGGCCUAGACCGGCUGCCGGCGGCGGCGCCGCCCAAGCGAUCGUUACUGAUGGAGACCUAUGCCGUGCACCUCGGCUCCGGUAGGUUCUGCAUCGCCAGGUUCAUGGAGGAGGAGGAGCAACACAACAUCUCACUUCAUCCAUUCUUCCGCGUCGCCGGCGAAAAAAGCAAGAACGACAGGUUCUUGCUGCUCACCGGCGUUGAUGUGGUGGGCAGUGACGACGCCGUCGUCGUGCACAAGUCUAUACGCUACGCAUUCCAAAACGGUGAUUUCGUUCGUGGUUACUCUCGAGUCUUUUAAUUUCAUCAUCCCCUAAUUUACUUAUUACACCUCUCUAGUCUCCGGUAAAACUAGCUAUAUUUUGUUUUGUGACGGAGUGAGUAUAUCAUUUAUAUAUAUCCCUUUUCCUUUUCAUUUCGAGCGAGAUUGCAAUAAUAAUAAUGGUACUCCAUUCGUUUAUAUUACCAACAGACAAGGAAUUCACAGCCUUAUUAAGAGGUUGUCCUCUUAUUAUAUA